GAAACCAAAAUUCCUUUCUUUAUUUUGUUAGACCAAACCAAAAAACAUCGAGUAAAGUGGGAGAAACGAGCUGAAUCCAUGGCGGCCUCUAAGCUACAAGCUCUAUGGAACCACCCAGCGGGACCCAAAACCAUUCACUUUUGGGCACCAACUUUUAAAUGGGGCAUUAGCAUAGCCAACAUAGCUGACUUUGCGAAACCACCAGAAAAACUCUCCUACCCUCAGCAAAUAGCGGUUACUGCAACCGGAGUCAUCUGGUCACGCUAUAGCACUGUAAUCACUCCUAAGAACUGGAAUCUCUUUAGUGUGAACAUUGCUAUGGCCGGAACAGGCAUAUACCAACUGUCCCGAAAAAUAAAACAUGAUUACUUUCCAGAGGGCGAGGCAAAGCCUGCUGUUGCAACAGAAUGAUGGCGGAAUCUUCCGAAAAUGCCUUUUUUCCUGGGUCAAUUAUCAGUUGUUUUCUUGUUUUGCUGUUAAUUAAAAGUUGUUAAUUAUUUCAAACAUGUUGUGUUGUGGAAACCUGUAACAUGAUGUUGAGUUUAAUUCUGAUUUGUAGAGCCAUCAACAGAUACUGAACUGAUCAUCUGAAGCCCCAUCAAUUUCAAUAAUGCUUUUGUUCCCUCACU